CUGCAGCAGCAGCGGCAACAACACCACUAACAUCAGCAGAUACGGGCGUACGUACGCUCUGCGCUGUGGUCGCGCUGGCCAUCUCACUGUGUGUCACAAACAUCUGCCUGAUUACGUGCCCCAACCACCCGUACCCGUUGACCACCUUCGCACCCUCGCGCAACCGUGUGGCAGUGCGUGCGCGGAUCGACCAUAUUGAUCGCCGGCGGGCCGCGUCGCGAUGCACGCACGACCCGAAAUUCGACCGGCGGCGACGCGCGCGCUCCGCGAAUAGCGCGCCGCAACCAGCGAUACGCGGGCGCGGAAAGCGCGCCGCGCAGCGCAAGGAGAGCGCGCCGCGCACACUUGGCUCUCGCGCUCGACCGCGCUCCGGCACCAGCGCACGUCGGCGCGCCAGUUUGCGUUCGCGUCGCGCGAUGCGCGUCAUUCGCUCGGAGUCGAAAGUACCAGCUUACCAGCUUAGUGCGUUUUUCAGUACGAAUACGACGCGCCGCGGCACGCACGGGAAUCAUCGACGCCUUCGAUACACGAUUUUGGGAUUACGACCACGCAUAUUUGACUGAGCCGAGUGUGAAAAGAAAAGAAAAGCGCUCGUCGCUGUAGCCAGUUUUGUUGUGCGGUGCCCAGGAGAGUUAAAAGCAAGUGAACAAACAUCCCCGUGCUGUGCGCUAAAUAUUGAUAACACAGCCGCAGCAGCAGCAGCAACAACACGACAGUGAUUACAAUUACAUUUCGCAUUGAUGAGUUUCGCACGUCGUCAUCGGCGUCUGUACCAGCCGCUCAUGUGGAGUGCCAAACUUUAGAAUUUACCUCCAUGACGGAUACAACCGAUGAAAACAACCAUCACAGCGUAAUCAAACUGGCGACGAUGACGGAUCAAGGUGGAGCGUGGUUAGGGCGCUAGAUCCGAAGGCCACAUGGCUCACCAUGGUGGCCCAACAUCCUUGCCGCGCGCGCACCGACCGCGGGCGCCCAUCAUGAGCGCCCCGGCGCCGCUGACCGCCCCGCUAGCACCCCUACGUAGCCCGCCCGCCACAACGUUCGUGCCGACGACGACGACGCCGGUGACAAGCGCGCCCACGCCGCUGUCCGGCCUCGUCGCCGCAGCAGCCGGAGGGCCGCAGGUGUCGCUGCUGGCGCCGCGCCCCGAGACCGAGCGCAGCGACAAUGUGUACGUGGAGACGCCCAUCCGGCCCGCGCACCGCGAGGUGCCGCCGCCACCACCGGUGGCUUUUGUUGCCGCAAGCACUGCGCCACCACGCGUGCAGCGGCCGACGCGCCUGCCUAUCCCGCCACCACCGGCAGCGCAAUUGCUACCGCCUGUCACCAAGCAGCCCCAGUCGGCCGGCGCCUUCGGAAAGGAGGCGGCCGUGCCAUCGCCCGCCAUCCACGAUACGAGGCCGUCGAUCAUCUGCGGCGAGUGCGGUCGUUGCAGCUGCCCUUCGUGUCAACAGCCGCGGCCGCUUCCCGAGUGUUGGACGAGUACGUAUCACUGCUCAGCCGACACCAUCAUCGACUACGCAUCCUGCUUAUGCUGCGUCAAGGGCCUCUUUUACCACUGCUCGGAGGCGGACGGCGGCGACGCCUGCGUCGACGAGCCAUGCAACUGCGGGCCCGAUCGUCGGGCGGCACGAUGGGGUUGUCUCACCGCACUUUCCUGCGUGCUUCCCUGCCUCCUCUUCUACUGGCCGCUGCAGUGCGGCAAGCAUGUGGUGGAGGCAUGCUAUGCGCGGCACUCACGCCUUGGCUGCCGGUGUCGGCCGAAAGCGACGACCUCCCUGGUCGGCACCGCACAGACUAUCAACACGCCCGAGAAGCGUCUCUUAGACGCGACGCCAGACUUUUAAUCGGGCGUGCAGUGCUACAGUGAACCUAGUGGUAGCGAACCUAGUGGUGCGCGCUGAAAACUGACACAAAUUCAAACGAACACUACGUUGUUGUAGUCAUCAGCGCAACGGCGCUACAAUGCAUAUACUUUAUAUUAAUUUAUUUUUUUGUAAAUAUCGGGGAUGUAUAACUAAAAUGUAAAAAGUUUUUUUUUAAACGACUGUUGAAAAUUAUUUAAAAAUGAGAAAUAAUAAUAAUGCAAAGUGCUUUUUGUGAGUUCGCCAGUGCCUCGAGGACGUCGCGAUGGUCGCGUCCCCUGCGAAGAUCAUAUACGAAAAAAUAACGAAACGGGAAGACGCGCCUCGUCGCGCAACGAUGAUCUGCGGUAUGGUGGUGGUGAAUGGUGGUGUGUCAUCAGCAGGGGGCGCACGCGCACCGAACGCCGAGGUUACGGCUCUCCAGUAUUAUCUAGUCCUGCGUGUUGAAACAUGAAAAACGCGCUUUCACAACGCGUCGAGCUACACAACUCGGAACACAAAACACAAAGCGCGCAACCCUCUUGCAACGACCCGCAACGAUUCUAAAAAUGAAUAUCUUACCUUACAAGUAUAAACUAAGUACAUAUUGUAUAUUAUAGCUAAACGUUUUUUUUUUUGUUUUUAAUAAUUAAGAGAAAACAGAACUGAAAUAUUGUUAAGAAAAUACUCUUACUACUAUUCUAUUCUUCAAUGUAUCAUACGUAGAGGUACACAUGUGUAACUAUGUCUAGUUAAAAAACGGGAUGGCGCGCGGAGGGUUGCCGCCAACGGCGGCGUUCGUAGCUCGACCGACGUUCGAAAUGAAACGCGAACCAAAAUGUGCGUGCGAAUGCGAAUCCUACGAUUUAUUGUAUGAAUGAGGUCCUUCAGAAACACAAUUUUUAAUAUCCAAUUGUAAUUAAAUUUGGUACAGAGAGAGAGACAGAUAAACUGGUACGCAGUGGGCAAGUGGAAAAGCAAGCGAAACCGAUAUUAAUGCAAAAAACACGGCGAGUGGUUGGAUUUUUUUAACGCGGUGUGCUCGCAUUGCGAACGCAAACCAAAAUAUAAAUUAUAUUUGGUGGUGCACCGCGCUGCGAUCACGCCGUAUAAUAUUAACUUACAAAAUUAUCUAUUACACGAGAGUGAUGUAACACAUGUAGUAAGUUUUGUAAACAUUACAAAAACGAGUUUGGCGGCCGACCUGCGAACGUUGAAAUGCGAUGAUGGAGGGUUGUGAGAGUGAGUAAAAUUCGACAGUUUAUCGAAAAAUGUAUAGACUAUAAUAUAUGUGUAGGUAGGAACAAAUUUUUCAAAUGAGAGUAUAUUUUUUAUACGAGUUAUAACCCUGGAAAACUUGUCGCAUUUCAUCGGAGCGCAUGUCGUGGCUGGUUUCUUGAAUGAAAUGAAAAAACUCGCGCGAUCCAAUUCGUCUUUCCAUUGUUCGGAAGGACGAGUGCAUUAAAUGCACGUGUGCAAGGGUUGCGUUCACUUUUUUUCCGAAAUUGAUUUCCUGGUGUCAUCUGUCGCGUCGCCAAACAUAUAUUCUAUUUUUUUGUAAAGCGGAACGAGGAAGUACUCUCAGAACUAAUAUGCGAAACCAGAGAGCGAGAUGCGGAAGCGUGCAAGAGGUGCCAAAACAUGAUUGAAGCAAAAGGCGCAGUGAAAAUACACAUUUGUAGCUAUAUGAAGAAAACAAAUUGUAAAUAAACAAAAACUGUAAUAUUACUAUCUAAUAAUGUUAAAAUAACACGAAACCAUCGUCAACAAAUUA